AUUGCGUUCGUGUCUGUCAUUUUGACUGAUUCAUAUUUCACGUUCCGCUUGUGGCGAUUCAGUUUUUGGACAUCUAUCUGCCAGUCUGGUUGGUUCCUUCCCCCACUACAUGGGUCCAAACAAUGCUGACUGUCCUUUUCAGAAGCAUACGGCCUCACUGGGUGAUUGCAUCCUAGUGGUUACGGGAAAAUUGGAAACAAGGGCUAUUCUGCUACAAAGGGAUGCGGUCACACAGACGAGAUACGGGGCCCUCCGACACAAUGAUUGCAUUGGGAAAUGUUACGGAUCUAAAAUUGCAACCUCACUUGGGCAUGUCCAUAUCCUCUCCCUGGAUCCCAUCCUAUGGUCUGCUAGUUUGCCCCACCGCACUCAGAUAAUAUACCCUCCAGAUGCCAGUCUCAUCGUUGGUGGCCUGGACCUUGUUCCUGGUUGCCGAGUUCUUGAGUCAGGUACCGGAAGCGGAUCUCUGACGCAUUUUCUUGCUCAAGCUGUCUGGCCUACGGGCAGCGUUGUCACGUUCGACUUUCAUGCCGGUCGUGUGGAGUGUGCUCGGGAUGAAUUCAAGAAUCACGGUCUGUGUGACUGCAUCAAAGUGAUACAUAGGGACGUCUGUACUGAAGGGUUCCCACCUUUUGGUCAUCAGGACAACCUCGCGGGCGUGAAUGCUGUCAUGCUUGAUCUUCCUCAGCCAUGGCUUGUUGUCCCCAGCCUACCGGCAGUAUUUCAACCGGACUCAGGUGGACGUGUUUGUUCAUUUUCACCAUGCAUCGAACAGGUUCAGCGCACAUGUGCAGCUUUGCAGAAGGCGGGAUUUUCUCAGAUUCAGACCAGUGAAUGUCUUCAACGGACCUUUGACGUUUCUCGUGCUUUUCUCAAUGUCCCCAACAUGGGGCAAGUUGGCAUAUGUGAACGGCUCGAUAAUCAAGCUCUUGUCUCAGGCCCCCCUUCCGAAUCCAACGAGCCGUGGUGGACCAAGAGACAUCUGCUUCCACCUCCAUGUGGGUUGAACCGAAGGCGUAUUUUUGGCGCCGUCGAAGAGGAUGAACCAACUGAGGACACUGUUUCCGAAGAAACGAGCGCUUCCAAACGUCCGAAAUGUACUCGGCCACCACCGGCUCGUCGAGAUGAAUCACGUUUCUCCUGGGAAGCAGUCCCUCAGGCUAUGAUGGCUGGUCACACCGGCUAUUUAACCUUUGCCUCUUGGAUUCCAAGAACUGGUCCUUCCGGCGAUGCUGCAUCGGAACUGAAGCAUCAACCAAUAAGCACGCCACCAGUAACAUCUACUGUGUAGUACCCCUACGCUUUCGUGCAUACAUACAAUUGUACAGCAAUAUCGACCUUCGACACCUUGUUCAGAGUGGGGUUACCAACCUGUUGCACUGUACCCAUGUUUGUUACCUACUCGUGCCCGGAAGAUACUGUUUUAGCUGCGAUGGUGUUCGUUGUAAUGUUUCUCGAGAAAUGUACCAGUAAUUUGAUGUUUGAAUCCUCUAAAGUGUUGUAAUGCGCGAACACGACAGAUCACCUUGCUGGAGGCUUCUCCCAUUAUAGGUUACACUGAUCACUUAUGUGAGGUCAAAUGCUUUAGAUGGACUACUCAUGGCAUCAACCCACUUGAUAAAGUUUUGGUAUAAACUAUCAGCCAAAAGCAGCGCUUCUAAAAUUUGUCUGUUGUGGUCUCGACAAGAUGGACUGGGG